AUGCCGAACUAUGAACCCACCCCACGACGUUUCUCUACGGUCUCUGUCCCUCGCUCCUCGUCGCGGAAAAAUAGCGUUGACGCCACUAUCCACCCAGCCGUGGGUUACAAUUCGACACUGCACGAUCAUCCUCCCGUUGACCUCGCAGACGCUCUUCAGCACCUACAACAUGUUGAGCUCGAGAGUGAACAAGAACGAGGACGAACGAGACAAAGCGGCGGUGACAAUGCGAGGAGAACGAUCCCGAGCCACAAUGGGUUGCCCACGUCGCUGUCUGCCCAAAGAGAGAGUAGCGCCAGUACCCGGGAACGGAUCGCUGUCUGGGAAGCACGGAGCCGCAGCCAAAGCAAGAGUAGAAGCAAGAGUAGGGGGGGAGACGCUGGAUCAAAACAUCGGAUCAGCGUGGUCCCUGAAGUUCCCGACUUGGCCUUGGCUUUCAGUGCUUUCAGGCCGCAGGAGGCCACGCCCGGGGAUGGAACGCUGGCCACGGGGCAAUUCGGGAUGGAGAGCAAUCCCGACAGCUGUACAGAGGACGGGUCCAGACCUAACAAAGGGCAGGAAGAAGUGAGCACAACUGUAGUUGAAGCACGACCGCAAACCCCGGUUUACCAUUCUGGAGAAACGGCGAUGCCGCCAACGCCGGAGACGACACCGAAGCUGUCUUCAUCGACGAGAAAUAUCCACCACCGCAUGCCAACAACAAAGAAACCAACGGAGGGAAAUGAAGGCCUUAGUGAAAGCACUGCACCUGCAACGCCACCACGAAAAUCGAAUCCCACGACCAUGAUUAUGCCUCUGACCCCAGAGGCAACCCCUGAACGAGAGGGAAAUAGUUUGCGUGGGAGAAGCCAAGCCAGGUCUUAUCCUUUGGAAGCGGAGGGUCCUUUGCCAAGCAGGUCUGUUGGAUACAUGGCAGUAUAUCAACCAGAGACCUCUCGAUCCCCGGUUCGCAUGGAUGAUGGAACCGUCACCCAACUUCACCCACGGUACCAUCUGCCUUCAGAUCUGUUGUACGACGAAUCACCGCAACACAACGCGCCCCAGGCCCAUACUGCCGUGUCACAAGGGCCAGUCAGGCAAGCGGAUGCGCCACUCGACCAAGCCGUUCCUGGACCGGAAAUGGAGUCCAGGUAUCACAAUGUAUGGCGCAUUAACUCAUACCAACCUGACUUCCCACUCCCCGACCGGCCAUCCAACUACGUGGACAUCCAUACCUUGAGUCAAGAACGCUUUGAGGGGAACCCACUGCAACAGGUGCCUCGAGGACAGCUACCUGCGGAGCCGAGGAAUCCCGACGGCGCUGGUUUGGAGUCCUACCCCUUUCCUCGACUACGCGAGUCCGGCGGCAGAGACUGGGUCGUCGAUAUUCCACCCUCGCCCUCAACAGCCUACUUUGCCGGGGAUCAGGGCAUUCGACCGCCACAGAGCCCGAGCAGGAGCAGGGGAAGGGAGCAGUACACGGCCCGGAACGAGGUACGGCGCCAUGAGUGGGACGCGCCGUCGGUAAUAGAAAGAGCCCUCCACGCGGCGUCCGUGAGUAUGAUCCAAGGGUUGAACGUGCCGGUGGGAGUGUACAGAGGGUUGCGCGACAUGUACUAUCCUGCUCCGAGUCGCCCCGACAUCGUCAAAGCUUACCCCAUACGACCGCGUCUUCCAAUACGUAUCUUCUUCCCCUGUCACCACGACCUCACCUCUCCAGCGCUGCUCCCUACGCUCCUCACCAUCCACGGCGGCGCUUUCACCGUCGGCACGCCGGCGGACGACGACCCCUGGAACCGCACUUUCGCCGACUCCUACACGGUCCUCGUCAUCGCCCUCAACUACGCCAAAGCGCCCUGGGCCGCCUUCCCCGCCCCCCUCCUCGACACCGAAGCGCUCUACCACGCCAUCCUCAACGACGAGUCCCUCCCCAUCGACCGCAUGCGCGUGGCCCUGGCCGGCUUCGACGCGGGCGCCAACCUGGCCCUCGCCCUCUCGCAACUCCCCUCGCCACCCCAACCACCCCAACCACCACCCCAACCCCUACCCAGCAGCACCCCGCUCCAACCCCCCACCCACCGCCAUCAUCUCCAUAACGGGCAUCCUCGACUUCACCACCCCGCCGCACCAAAAACUGGCCACCCGCCCCUACAAGCCCACCCUCCGCGGCCCGCGCGGCUGGGGCCCCGCGCUCGACUGGAUGGCGCGCGUGCUGCUGCCGUCGGGCGCGUGGAGCUACAUCCCCUACGGGCACGACGCGGCCGACGCGCUGGUGUCGCCCGGGUGGGCGGCGCGCGGGGACCUGCCGCCGCACGUCUUUGUGGUGGCGGCGGAGUUGGAUUGUCUGGCCAUGGAGAGCUGGGUGGCGGCGUGUCGGUGGGGAGGGAGGGUUGUGCCGGGCGCUGGGGAGAGGGAUUGGGGCGGGGCGGGAGGGGGGGGGAGUACGAGGUGGUUGUUGGUGCCGGAUGUGGUGCAUGGGUUUGAUUCGGUCGCGUGGAGGAAUAAGUAUCUGUGGGGGGAUGAGGUGGCGAGGAUGGAUGCCGAGAUGAAGACGGUUGCGUAUCAGCGGGAGGUGGCCGAGUGGCUUUGGGGGGUUGUUUGGCAGGGAGGGGGAAAUUGAGGAAGGGAGGGACGGCCGGGGUUGGGAUCCUGGGUGAAGAUGGGGCUCGAGGAGGAUGGCAAUGAGUGCAACAAUGGGCCCAGAUGUAAUAAUUCAUUUUUACCUGUCAACAUCAAAGUUGGGAUGUAUUUCCCGUCGAGGGGGGGGGGUUGAUUCACUCAGCGUCGCAGCGGAGACGGCUUUGGUAUCGGAAAAUGAAAUUACAUCGAGUGCUCAGCCACACAACGUCGUAAUCGG